AUCAGUCUUAUAGCUGGUGUUCUCUAUCCAGCUUACCGCUCGUUUAAAGCUGUCAAGACACGUAAUCCACGUGAAUAUGUAAAAUGGAUGAUGUACUGGAUUAGUUUCGCAUUUUACACUGUGGCUGAAACGAUAGCUGAUCUUUUAAUUGGCUGGUGGUUUCCGUUAUACCAAGAAGCCAAAAUUCUCUUUUUCUUAUGGCUGCUAUUACCGGCAACAAAUGGUACGAGCAUAUUAUAUAGGAAGUUCAUUCACCCUAAUUUGAUGGCCCAUGAAGAGGAGAUAGAUGAACUCAUCAAACAAUACAAAGACAAGAUAUAUAGUUCAAUACUUGAUGUUAGUAGAAACGGUGUGACUAUGGCUGCUAGAACACUUGUUCAAAGUAUUCUCAAUGUA